AUGUCUUGCAACUGCGCCAUUGUCGUAGCCGUCUUUAUUGUUAUUAUCAUCCUUGGUGCCGGCCAUGCCGUCACCGGCGCCCGCGUCGGCGCCAUGAUGAUCCGGCAGCCGUCGUCCUCCCAGAUGUUCAGGGAGGCGCCCGCGUUCUGGAACGGCGCCGAGUGCGUGGCGGGCGGCGGCGGCGGCGGCCGGGUGGACAUCGCCAUGACGCUGGACGCCAACUACCUCCGCGGCACCAUGGCAGCCGUGCUCUCCAUCCUGCAGCACACGGCGUGCCCCGAGAGCAUGGUGUUCCACUUCCUGACCGCCGAGGCCGACGACCGCGGCCUCGCCGCCGCGCUGCGCGCCUCCUUCCCGUCCCUCGACCUCCGCGUCUACCGCUUCGACCCGUCGCGCGUCCGCGACCGCAUCUCCCGGUCCGUGCGGCAGGAGCUGGACCAGCCGCUCAACUACGCCCGCGUCUACCUCGCCGACACGCUGCCCGCCGACGUGCGCCGCGUCACCUACCUCGAUUCCGACGUGGUCGUGGUCGACGACAUCCGGACGCUGGCCGCCGUGGACCUCGCCGGCCACGUCCUGGCGGCGCCCGAGUACUGCCACGCCAACUUCAGCAACUACUUCACCGACGCCUUCUGGUCGCACCUGGCGCUCAACGGCACGUUCCGAGGCCGCCGGCCCUGCUACUUCAACACGGGCGUCAUGGUGAUGGACGUCGUCAAGUGGCGCGCCGGCGGGUACACGCGGCGGGUGGAGGAGUGGAUGGCCGUGCAGAAGCGCCGCCGGAUCUACCACCUCGGCUCGCUGCCGCCGUUCCUGCUCGUCUUCGCGGGGCACAUCCGGGCGGUGGACCACCGGUGGAACCAGCACGGGCUCGGCGGCGACAACGUCAAGGGUCGCUGCCGGGGGCUCCACCCGGGCCCGAUCAGCCUCCUCCACUGGAGCGGCAAGGGCAAGCCGUGGCUCCGCCUCGACGCCCGGCGGCCGUGCUCCGUCGACUACCUCUGGGCGCCCUACGACCUCUACCGGUACUCGUCGCCGGUGAUCGAGGAGUGGUGACGACCAUUCAGCAUGCAUGCAUUAUUGCAGCACCUGAGGAUCAUCGAUCGGAGCUAGUAAUGGUAGGACAGACACUUCUUCUUGCAGAGGGGAAUCGAAGAGGCACACAUGCAUCUCCAUACACGCACGCGAGGAAAGUUGAUUUCACAAGACAAAAUUGUUGUGCUCUGUUCUUUCUUGGGGUCUUCAUCAUUGGAAAGCAGAACGUACGAGGAGAAUUAAGGCACAAGCUGUCUUUACUUUAUAUUCUCCCCCAAAAAACUUGAUGCAUGGCUAUCUCUUUUUUUGACUGUGCAUG